CACAGUCCGUCGUCAUCACAACACACCGCGCGGGGCGGUAGCGAGCGGACAGAGUCCAUUUCAAAAGGUGUCAUCAUUUUUAUUGGAAAAAGUUCGGGUUGGUGGGACAUAUCUCACGUCGGGGACUCUGUACAUGUUCUAAGUCAUGUAUUACGAGAACUCCGCAUGGAAGAAACAUAAAACGUCGCCACUCCUUCUCAUGGCUCCCAAGACACCUCAGCAGUUGAUGCAAGUGGCCGGACAUGCAGGUGACUUUCGUGUUGGGGAUUAUGGCACAAUGCUGAAGAAGUUCUGUGAGAGGGAGCAACAAUGCUACCUCAGGCUGAUGAAAGACGCUUUGAGGCCCUUUGUUCCAGCCUACCACGGUGUGGUGCAGCAGGACGAGGAGGAUUACAACAUGAUGGAUAACCUGCUGAACGAUUUCAGCACACCUGCUGUCAUGGACUGCAAGAUGGGCAGCCGCACGUACCUCGAGGAGGAGCUGCUGGUGGCCCGAGAGCGGCCCCAGCCUCGUCACGACAUGUACGAGAAGAUGGUGGCCGUGGACCCAGAGGUCCCGACAGUCCAGGAACGAGCCCAGCAGGCGGUGCUGAAAACCAGGUACAUGCAGUGGAGGGAGACGCUGAGCUCCACGUCGACUCUGGGUUUCCGCAUUGAAGGAUUCCAGAAGUCCAAUGGAGAAUGUCUCACCAAUUUCAAGAGGACCAAAAGCAGAGAUCAAGUGACAGAGGCAUUCAACAACUUUGUUGAAUCCAAUACACACAUUGUGUGGGGCUAUCUCAGAUGGUUGAAACAACUGCGCCAGGUGUUGGAAACGUCAGACUUCUUCAGAGCACACGAGGUCGUGGGCAGCUCCCUGCUGUUUGUGCACGACUGGACCGGCAGAACAGGAGUCUGGAUGAUUGACUUCGCAAAGACCGUGGCCUUGCCGUCACACAUCACCGUGGACCACCGCAGUCCCUGGGUAGAGGGCAAUCGAGAAGAUGGCUACCUGUGGGGUCUGGACAACCUCAUCGACACGCUGGCCAACAUGCUGCCACAGACUUGAACGGCGCUCCAAUCACACGUGGACGUUUACUCUCAGCCCUUCCUCCACCGCUCAUGAGCGAACGACUGCAGAGGCACCGUCUUCUGAAACGGUUGUGUUGAAAUAAGGGAAUGAACUCUUCAGAAUAAUAAUCCAGUGCGAGGGUGUAAAAAAUGAUUGCAAUAACAAUACACCCAGCAGAAUUUGUUAUAUGGGUAAAUACUUUUCCAGAACAGAUAUAUAUUCGGUAAAUUAGACACACAGCGUUGGGGUGAAAGAAUGCCGGUGAUUUAUGGAACCAAAAGUUCGACCACUGAAUAGACCAACGACACGGAGCUCAGCCUGUAAGAGCCACGACGUCUCCAGCCUCAGCGGGAGACCCUCCUGUCUUAACAUGACCUGCUCAUUAUUCCAGGAAAACAUGGCACAAGCAAUUAUAAGCCAAAGAUGCUGUCUGGCUGCCCCCUCUGACUCCUGAUGAUCAGCAGUUUAAAUGUCACACUGUGUCAUUAAAAUGGUGCUAAACUA